CCUGAUGUGCAGCUGCUCAUCAUCAUGGAUGGAUGGCUUGUUUUCGCUCUGGCUGUUCCUUUAGCCUCCUUCACAGCAGGAGAAGAGUUCACUGCAACAGCAGCCAUCCCUGAUACUGCGCCUACUGCACUCCUUCCUACUGAUGUUUCUGAUCAUUCUACUACUACACAAAAUAUUACCACAGUACAAACGGUUAGAACAGAGGGUACAACUAUAACAGUUCCUAACAAUACCACCUUAUGUAAUACUUUUAAUGUAUGUACCAGUCCACCAGGCACUGAUCCAACAGCUGACUCAGAGCAUACUUUAAUAACAGAAUUUGUCACAUCAGAACAUCCACAAACUACUCCUGCUACCAUUACCAGUCCUGCUCUUACAACCACAGAUUUUACCAGCCCUGAUACUACCUCUAACCCCAUGACUGAGCAAAUGCCUACUACUUACUAUGCUCCCACUAAUACUACUUCUAGCACAGGUCCAUACACUAACACGACUUUAACUCCUACAGCUAAUACUACUGUAACUCAUGAAAAUACUACUACAUACACCUCUCCUGAUACUGCUUCCCCAACAAUUCUCACUAGUGCAGCUAAACCUCACACUAUACCUUCUACUACUACUACUACUACAUCUCCAACUACGGUUACCCCUCUUAGCACCACUUUCCUGAAUUGUUCUCAUGGGGAAAACCUGGAUGGUGUCUGCAUCUGUCCUGAUGAAUGGACUGGAGAGACAUGCUCAAAAAACAAUUCCUGCGAAAAACAGACGUUAGGACAAUUCACGUUCAACUCUACACUCAGUGGCCGGUUCGCAUAUUCUAAUGAAAAGUGUGACGUAGGAACAAGUGGCGCUGGUAAACCUCGGGCUUUAACCAGAUGCCUGUUCAUGAAUGGAUCAGCAAAUUUCAGCCAUCCACAGAUCUUCCAGUGUAACCUGACACUCAGUGACAUACAACAAAAUCUCACAAGUCCAGCUGAUUUAGAGAUGCUGGCAGCCAGCACUCAGAUUCUGACAUCCAACCCAGAAGAGUUGACGGCUGAAAAUGUUACAGCAGCAGCUGAGAUCGCCAACACACUGCUGCUGUCUGCAAACGCCACAGAGAACGUCAGGGUGGCAGCAGUAGCAACAGUAAGUCAGCUGCUGAACGCCACUGUGCCAGAUGAUACCAAGGCAAAAAACGCAACUCUGGGGCUGACGGUGACUCUGGACCAGCUCUCUGUGAACCUCAGCCUCAAUCUCAAUGCAUCUCAAUCUCAGAUAGUUCAGCCAAACCUGGUGGUCCAGUCAGCACAGAUUUCUGCUGCAGGCACUCAGGGAGUCCAGUUCACUUCUCUUAAAGGGGACUCUGACAGCUUUACAGCCAACAGAAUUCAGCUGAACAGAAAUGCAACACAGGUUGUCAUGGGAAACGGUUUCGAAGCUGAUGCCCUUAUUUACAUACAAUUCCCAAAAGGCGAAGGUGUCAGAGGCCGUCAGACAGAUUCAAACCUCUCUCUGGGUUUCGUUCUCUAUCAGAACGAUCGUUUCUUCCAUUCAAAACUCUACACGAGGCGACGGGCCACCAUCAGGGUCCUGUCAGCCAGAGUCAGAGGGCAGGAGCGCAACAUGGUGCCACAACAUGUGGAGAUGCUAUUCAGGCAAAUAAACAUCAGUGGGAUGUCUCUGUACGACUUCUCCUGUGUUUUCUGGAACUACAGUCAGAAGGACUGGAGCACCAGCGGCUGCUCUAAAGGAAACACUUCAGAUGGACUCAUGAGAUGUUUCUGUAACCACACCACCAACUUUGCUGCUCUCUGGUCAUACAGAGAGAACUACGAGUAUGCAGAAGCUCUGGAUGUGAUCUCCAUUGUGGGACUUUCUCUUUCUAUUCUGGGUCUGGUUGUGACGAUCAUUUAUCACAUUAAAGAAAACUUCUUCAGGAAGUCUCAUGGGCAGCAAAGUAACCUGAAUUCAAAGCUGGCUCUGCUGUGCAUCUACCUCAGCCUGCUGGCCUUCAUCAUCACCUUCCUCUCUGGAGUCCAAAACUCCAGCAGACAGAAUGACACUAAGGUGCAAAGUGAUGAUCGGACCAACAAAAUCCCGAAAUCUGAUGAACACAUAGAACCGGACCGUGGCCUGUGUACGGCUGUAGCAGCUCUGCUGCACUUCCUCCUGAUGGCCACCUUCAUGUGGAACAGUGUAUACAGCACUCAACUGGUGCUGCUGGUCCGGUCAAUGCGCCGCAGCCUGCCAACACACUGGACUCCACUGAGUGUGACUCUGGGAUGGGGAGUGCCAGCCUGUUUCAUGGUCAUCACACUGGGGGUGAGCUACAGGAUGCACAAUCCUCUGGGAUACAGACAAGAGGAAUUUUGUUGGCUGGCAGCGUUGGAUAAGAAGCAACAGUUCAACUUUGGGAAGCCAAUGUUUUGGGCUUUCCUUCUUCCUAUCGGCCUGAUCCUGAUUUACAACAUUGUCCUGUUGGUUCUCACCUCCAUGGCCACAUGCAAAGUUGAUACCAGACUGACCAGCAACAAGAAGUCGUCUUUAAGGAGGAGGUUCCUCAUCAGUUUGUCUCUGGCGGUGUUACUCGGUCUGUCCUGGACUCUGGGAUAUUUCGUGCUGCUCAGUUCAGAAAAAACACACCAGAUCUUCAGCAUUUUGUUCUGCAUCUGUACGACCACACAGGGUUUACAGAUUUUCAUUCUCUUCACAGCCCGAAGACGGGCUUUCAGAGCCACAAUUUCACGGUCCAUUUCCUCAUUCAACAUCCCGCUCAACAGCACACAGUACAAUCUGCAGAGAAAGUGGAAGAACUGCAAUAUGAACCAAUCAGAGACCUACAAGGAUCUGAGUGACAUCGAAGUGACCACCAGCAAAACCCUGUAGGACCUGAGGAGGAAUUUUUUUUCAUGCAACAGGACAAAGAUCCUAAGUCCAGCAGAAAAUCUACAACAGUAAAUCAAGAUGUUGCAAUGGUCCAAAGUCCAGACUUUAAGUCGGCCAAAAUUCCUCAACGGUGAUGUGAAGGAUAGACAGUUGUUAUUAAAAAAUAGUGAUUUCAUUUUGUUUUUUUAUUGCAAUUAUCAAUGUUUUAUGAUUUCAUGAUUUAUAAAGUGACGUGGAAGAUUUCCAUAAUCUUUUGUCUUUUAAAACAAAAACAAAUAAAAUAAAAUAACUUUUACUGACUUUUACUUUCACUUGUGGCAACAAAGUGAAACCACUAACCUAAUUUUUCAAUUUUCAAAGCUUAAUGCAGUAAAUGCAAUUGAAUCAUUAUUUUUGCUUUAUUUUUUAAACAUUGUUCAUCUGUGUACAUCUGCAACAGUUUGACAGCUUGAUGUUUGCUAUCAGUAGCUGAUACUGUAACACAUUCAGUGGAUAUUUAAACCUGUGUAUGUGUCUGCCGUCACUGAUCCACUAGAGGGCACCCAACCUCCACACAGUUUGCUCUCAAACAGACAGCAGUAGGGAACCAUUUCACAUUCCUCAUUACUCUUAAUUUCCCCCCUUUUUUUGUAUAUGCCUGAUCUUUGCUUUGGUUGCGUCAUCUCUUACUGUUUGUUUCAGUGUGUUCUGCAUUAUUUUAAUUUGUGUGAAGUUUUAUGUCUAAAUCAGCAUCAGCAAUUCAAACAUUUCUAUUCAGCUAAAUAAAAACGGAAG